ACAUCAUUCAGAAUUAUGGUGGCAAGCUUGAGCACAUUAUUGCUAGGUUUUUAAGAUCUUGUAUACUGAACAGAGAUGCUGUCGGAAGCAUGGUGAAAGAAUAUUACCACGAGAUUAUAUAUGAAAUAUUCCAUUGUGCUCCUCAAAUGCUUAUAUCUGUCAUUCCUACCUUGACCAAUGAAUUACUGACAGAUCAAGUAGAUGUUCGUAUAAAAGCUUUAAACUUAAUUGGGAAACUUCUUUCAUUGCCCGGAAACCAUGUUGCCAAAGAUUAUCGCUAUCUCUUUAUGGAGUUCUUAAACAGAUUCUCUGAUAAGUCCGCUGAAGUGAGGCUCAAUGCUCUUUCACAUGCAAAAACUUUGUACAUAGCCAAUGAACUGGAGACUGAAAUCACUAAAUCAUCUCAAAGGCCCAAAACUGAAGUUCUAAGUAAGCUGCCAAAGGCCCAAAACUGAAG